AAGACCUUCGAAACUUAUCUCUCUCUGGUCAUGUUGGAUUUGACAGUCUUCCUGACCAGUUGGUCAACAAGUCCACAUCCCAAGGCUUCUGCUUUAACAUCCUCUGUGUUGGUGAGACGGGCAUUGGUAAGUCAACAUUAAUGGAUACUUUAUUCAACACCAAGUUUGAAAGUGACCCAGCCACUCACAAUGAGCCGGGAGUCCGGUUAAAAGCCAGGAGUUACGAGCUUCAGGAGAGCAACGUACGUCUGAAACUGACCAUUGUUGAUACUGUAGGAUUUGGAGACCAGAUAAACAAAGAUGACAGCUAUAAACCAAUAGUAGAAUAUAUCGAUGCACAAUUUGAAGCUUACCUGCAAGAGGAAUUGAAGAUCAAGCGUUCCCUGUUCAAUUACCAUGACACCCGAAUUCACGCUUGCCUUUACUUCAUCGCCCCCACUGGACAUUCGCUGAAGUCCCUCGACCUCGUCACCAUGAAGAAACUGGACAGCAAGGUGAACAUCAUCCCCAUCAUAGCAAAAGCAGAUACCAUUGCCAAAAAUGAGCUGCACAAAUUCAAGAGUAAAAUCAUGAGUGAACUUGUCAGUAAUGGCGUUCAGAUAUACCAGUUCCCUACAGAUGAAGAGACGGUGGCGGAGAUUAACGCGACAAUGAGUGUCCAUCUUCCAUUUGCUGUGGUUGGAAGUACUGAAGAAGUGAAGAUUGGAAAUAAGAUGGCAAAGGCCAGGCAGUACCCUUGGGGUGUGGUGCAAGUUGAGAAUGAAAACCACUGUGACUUUGUAAAGCUCCGGGAGAUGCUGAUCCGAGUAAACAUGGAGGAUUUGAGAGAACAAACUCAUACCCGCCAUUAUGAACUGUACCGACGUUGUAAGCUGGAAGAAAUGGGAUUCAAAGACACAGAUCCUGAUAGCAAACCCUUCAGCCUUCAGGAGACGUAUGAAGCAAAGAGAAACGAGUUCUUGGGAGAACUUCAGAAGAAAGAGGAAGAAAUGAGACAAAUGUUUGUCAUGAGGGUGAAAGAAAAAGAAGCUGAACUUAAAGAGGCGGAAAAAGAUCUUCAUGAAAAGUUUGACCUCCUCAAGCGGACGCACCAGGAAGAGAAGAAGAAAGUGGAAGACAAGAAGAAGGAGCUCGAUGAAGAGGUCAGCAACUUCCAGAAGAAGAAGGCGGCCGCUCAGCUCUUACAGUCACAGGCUCAGCAGGCUGGGGCCCAACAAACCAAGAAAGACAAAGACAAGAAAAAUACAAGCUUCACAUAAAGCCUGGCAAGCCAAGGAUGUUCCCGCAUUCACCUGCUUUUGCAGUAACGUGUCCCUGCCAUCUGUGUUCUGUUUUUUUGUUUUACCCGCCCUCGCCCCCUUCCCCCUUUUCCCCAAGCACCAAUAACUCUUUUAACUCAUUUCACUGGAGGUGGGUGGUGGGAGAAGGUAGAAAAGGGAAAUGAUGGUAACUGCUAUGUUCACCUGGGUUUCGUCUCUGGAAAGUAAAUGGUUUGCCUUUUAUGUCAAUUCAGAACAGUCACAGUUGAGCACGCCUGUUACUUGUAUGUUGCUUUGGAAUGAAUGGGGAAGUAGUGUACAUUAAGUGCCAUCGUGUUUGACGUGGAAACUGUUCUCACCACCUCACCAGCUGAACUAAAACCCGAAUGACCAUGACUUGUACCCAUGACUGCCCGAUGCCCACGUCCACUCUGCCUCUUCUCUUUCCACACCCUCCUCCCAAGUCCGGUAGCUUUUUGCUGAGACAACACGAUGGGUAAACAAAGCAUGAUUUGGAUUGCAUUUUUCAGUUUAGUACAGGUUGCUUGUCAGCCUCCCUAGAGCGUCAGACUGCCUCAUUUCACUGUUUUAAAAACGAAGCUGGAUUCAUGAUUCUCAAAUGUUGGAAAAGUUCAGGGAGGAUUAUUCCAAGGGCUUUGAGCAUAUAACUCUCCAUCACCAGCAUACCCUAGUUUUUUGGGGAAAUUACAAAUAGCUGUUCAUAUGCCAUCUUUCAGUGAAAGAAUACACAAGAUCAAAAAAUUUUUCCCAUCCUUUCAGCUUAAGAUAACAAAUCUCAUCUCCAGUAUUUGAAUUUGUUCUCCAUGGGAAAAUCAACAUUAUCUCCUAGUGGCACAAUAACUUCUUGUGCUAUUGGAUCUAUCCAGAAGACUUCCAAAAAACACUAUUUUCAGCAGCCACUUCAGUAUCAUCCCAGAUAAAACAGUCUAGGAUUAACUCUUCAGCCUUUGGACUUCCAUAUUUCAAGGGACCUUGGGACCUACACAUUAGAAAAAGUCAACUUGAAUCAAGAAAUGAAAACUCAGUUCCCCUCCCAACUAGCUUCUCUGCCCUAUCCCAUGUGUACCACUUGGCUGUCAAAAGACAAAGAGAGUAGAUGCUUCUUGGAACCCAGCAGGCUUCCGGGAAUUCCCCUUGCCUUCUCUAUCACUGCAGUCACUCACAUAAAUCUUUUCUAUCUCUUAAGACCAUGGAUGUGGUGCCAAGGGUGCCAAGCAGGGGAAUCAGAGAGAAUGUAAAUAAGCCAGUAGCCUUCCAGAGUUUUUAAAUAUAUUCAUAGUCUUCUGUCCUAAUUGAUAUAAAAAACAAAUUUAACUACUUAAGCUGGGUACUGUACUUUUAGACAUCCCUCCCAUCCCCCUGCCACCUCUGGAAACAACAUGAAAUAGCUUCCUGAGUUGGCCCUCCUAACUUUCUGGUGCUGGGACAUGCCAGCUUUCCCUUUGCUCCUAGCUAAGUACUCUCCUGUUUCUCACUUUUUACAUGUAACACAUUUCUCUUUGGAAUUCAGAUCUUCCAGCUCUUCUUGCCUUUCUCCUAGUGCCUUGCCAAGGUAGAAUGGCUAGUGCUUUGGUUUUUUUUUUGUUUAAACUGCCUCUCCAGGCUGUUGAAGCAGAGGACUUUUGUUUAGCCUCCCUUCUCUUUCCUACCCUGAACCAACCGUUUUUUAUAAAACUUCUUAGGGCAGGGAGAAUUUCCAGGAACUGAUUUGGGGCCAUAGAGGGAAAGCUCUCGGGGGAAACCCUUUCGAAGCUCAAAAAUACACUAAGAAUGUGAGCUUCAAAUCUAGGAGAAGCAGCAGUAUGGACCUAAGACAGGUUUAACCCAAUCUCCAUGGGGUGCUCCUGCAGUUCUCAUAUGAACUCUAAGCCAUUGGAGCAGCUGAAUUCUAGGAAUUUUUCUCGGCAUGAUGAAACCAGUUUCCUAACCGUGGGCUGCAUUUUCUCAUGCACUAUACUAAAAGUCAGAAACUCAACCGCUUGUGUGACGUGCUUGCACCAGCUGCUUUGUGUGUCUUUUUUGUGCCUCACUAUAGGAAUUAAAAUUGUUUCCUUGUAUCACUAAAGCCUUUUUAAGGUAGCUUAGCCGUGAAAAGGCAUCCAAUCAGCCAUUUUGACUUUUUGGCCCAAAGCUGUGACUGGAUUCCAUUAAUAAUCUCAUUAGUUUUUUGGGGUUUCGGGGUUUUGUUUUUUUUUUUAAGAUAUUUUAAUGUGGCCACUAACUUGAUUUUUACUGCUAUCCCUCCCCUGGCCCUCUUGAGCUUGUCACUGCUGCUCGUCUUUUCUUUCUGUAUUUAUGCCUUUUUUCACAGUAGUCCUUGGCUCUGCACGGAAUAAAUGAUACCCUCAAAUCUAAUUGGAUGUACUUUCACCUCUGCAUGUAAGUAUGGGAACAAGAAGCCUCUUUGACCUCUCAGCCUUUAAAAAAAUUAAUGAGUGGGACAGAUGGGAUGGGGGUUGGGGAUCUGUUUCAUCCUGUUAACUUGAGCAGCACCAGAACGAUAGCCCUCAUCAUUAAUGCCUCAUGAACUUAGAUUCCCCCGAAGUCAACGUGGAAGUCUUCCGUGGCUUGUCACGUGGUGAGACCAUACAGGGAGCAUUAUCUGACAUCACAAAGGGCUUUAGGUGGUACAAUCAUUCCUCACUGCCAAAGAAAAGUGACCUUUCUGAAUAUAGCCUCCACUGAGCAGUAUCUUUAGCAUGAAGUAUUAGUGCCCUUUCAUGGGAUUGCUGGAGUGCUGGCAGCUGGCAGUGACCACCAUUUUGCCUCUGGAUCAAGAUUUUGCUCCCUCUAAGGCUUUGACGCCAAUGGCUUGGUAGCAAGUGAGAUACAGGGUGGAACAGCAAGUGAUGAGAGUCAUUCAACGUGUUUUUACAAUCCAGGUACAUUUGUAAAAACAGUAGAAUGUGAUGCCUGGACCAAGGGAGAUCUGGAACUAGAAUUAGGUUAGGGGUACAAGUUACCUGUUUUUCUUCUUUCCCUGCUUUGUAACCUCACAAGCUGAUGACAUUUGCUUAACCUCAUCACCUUCAACCCCCAUCAACAAGAGGUUUGGUUCCUUCACGUCCUCUCCUUCCGUCUCCACCCCCACAAAAUGUUUUAUAGACUGUUCAGUCAGGUUUUUCUACUGUUACUUACUCAAGCCCACUUGUCUCUGUGUGGUCCUACCAAUCCUGUCCAUUCAAGUCACUUUGCCCUGCCAUUCUUCAUCAUCUGAAAUAGUUAACGUUUCCUAAUCCAAGAAUCAUGGUUCCAUUGGCAGGCCACCUGUGAGAUGAUCUGUCCAACUAGUGGGAUUGGCAUCUCCAAAGCCUAGCGUAUGAGAUAAUAUGAAGGGAAUUUUUUUUUAAAAUGAACUGAAAAUAAAGCUGUGAAGAGCAGUAGAACUGUUUCCUAAUUUUUAAAACUAUGCUGAUAUGCCUUAAACUGUAGCAGUAGACUCUUGCCACUGUGCUGUUUAAAAAAAGUCAAUGUUUUCCCAAACCUUGUUUCCCAAAACUUCCAUUCAGUGUUGAUACAAUAUUGUUAGACACGUACACAGCAUGUUAAACACUUGUAAAUUUAACAAAAAAAAAACCUAAAGUUUCUGUAUUGAUGUCAAACAUUUCAUUUCUGAAGUGCUGAUCACUUUACAAUUUUGUUAGGUAGGGGGAUAGUGAAAAGGUAACCUAUGCAUACAUCUAUAGUGCCAAGACAUGAAGGGGGAAAUAUAUUUUUACCCAAACAUUGUGUUUUGUGUGCCCUCUGUGAUUUCUUUCUGUAACACUGUGUAUCAGAGUUGGAAAACAAAUUGUGGGAAUAGUCUUCUCAUCCUU